AUGUUGCAGAUACGAGGCAAGGGGUCUUCAGAUGCGGCUGCGCGAAGGGCAUCUCGAUUGGAAGAGCGUAUUGCUCUGAUGGAAAAGCUACUGGUCGAUACACUCGCCGCUGGCGGCUCAGGGAGUAAACCAAGCAACUACCGAGCGAUGGUCGGCGAGGACACAUUGCCUGGCCACCAAUGUUUCUUUUCACUUUCCGGAAGACUAAAUUCAAAAGAUCCCGAGACGGGUACUUUGCAUCCCUACAACGGCACUGCCCCUUCUUUAUCAGAGGUCCAGAAGUCGGCGCGGUCACUUAUCGGUUACUCGGUCAAUCUGCAGGAUCUUUCCAAGCCUAGCCUUCCUUGGCAACGUCAUGGGCCGGAUAGGUCUCAUCGAGACCCGCCGAUGGAGUACACCUCGAAGCUACCAGACAUAAGUUUUGUCAAUGAGUGUGUGGCGUCAUACUACAGUUCACCUACACACCUAUCAUUUCCAAUAAUAAGCCGACCCCACUUCAGGGGCACGAUCAACCUUGCCUAUCAGAACUCGUCAAAUUCUUCUUUUGGGACUGCGAGUGCGAGAGCAUGUGUUUGUGCUUUCUUGUCCUUGUCUGAAGUUUGGAACCUUCAUGUGACACAGUCACCGUCCAUUAACAGCCCAGCAUUGAUAAAAGAAGCUGAACGAUACAUAAAUCAAAUUGCACAAGAAGAAACUAUUGAUGGGCUUCAAGCUGCCCUAAUGUUGAUGAUUUUCCAUUGUUCAUCCGGGGAUUUUCGGCCCGCGCUCUAUCUGAAUUCACUCAUAGCUCGAUUAAUCUUCAGACUUGGCGUACAUCUAAAACAUCCUCCAGUCCCCGAUGGAGCAAUAUCUUUUGUCACCGAUGAAAUAGUCCAAAAGGAUGGUCAUCUUCGGAACCUCUUCUGGACUGCUUAUGCCCUGGAUAAGGAGUUGUCCCUUCGCACGGGUCAACCGCCUGCUAUCAAUGAUGAAGAUUGUGAUCUCACCUUGCCGCCUGGUUACGAAGAACAGCUCAAUACACUGCUGUCAUCUGCUGAGACCGAGGACAUGAUAUUCAAAGGCCAUCUGUAUCCGAGCGAUCUUCGGUUGAUUAAGAUCAAGUCUCGCGCCUACAGUGCGUUUUACCGACCGGGAGCAAUCGACAAGUCCGACAUAGAACUUCUGAAAUCUAUUCGAGAGCUUGACGAUGACCUCGAGAAAUGGAGAUUGUCGCUACCACCGAAACACCGACCCACCCUUUUUAUCUUCCAACAAAUAUCAACUGGCAACGCUAUUUUGGACAUGCAUUUUCUGAUCGUACGAAUGGACUAUCAUCAUUGCAUGGCUAUUAUUCACCAAGCUAGCGGCCGAUGUAAGGCAUGGGCUGGAAACCACAACAAUGCAGCCGAGGGGGUCGGCUCGAGCUUCACACUCGCGGUGGAGACAAGUAGAUCCUCCCUCCUCUCCUUGCAGAGUUCACUGCAUGUAUUGCCGAACGGCACCUUCUGGUAUGUGCUUAUGUUUCGUAAAGACUCCACCCUUCACCCCCCUUUACUUGAUUUGGUUGGACACAUGGACUUAUCAUGCCAGGCUUCUUCUUGUUUGGUUAUCUUUUGCAACAUUCUCUUUCACCCUUUGGGCGUCCACGCUCGCCGAGAUCUGGAACUUCUUAGCCUGACUGCUACUUUAGUGAAAAGUUUGCCUCUCCCCCCCCGGGUUGAGCCUUUGCAUGUAGCACGUGUCCAGGGUCUUCUCACCGAACUAAGCGGGCUAGCCAAGCUUGCGAUCGCAGAGUCACAGAAUCAGUUGCUUCUCCUUAUGGAACAGGUCUGA